CACGGUCUAGCUUUCUUCAUUAAUAUUCCCUGUAUCUCCUCUUAUCCAUAUUCCUAUAAAAUCAUUAUACAAUGAACCAUGAAGGGGCUACCACCACUUCAUCUGUCAUCAACUUGAUGAAGACGCUUAUAGGCUCUGGGCUCCUUGCAAUGCCCCUAGCGUUCAAAACUGACGGAUACCUCUUGGGAACCUUUAUAAUAGCUGCAGCUGCCGUUGUGUGCGGAUUCGGCUUCUACCUACAGGGUAGAGUCUCCAAGUACGUUCCCUCUGGCAAGUCCAACUUCUUUUUGCUCUGUGAAUUGACGUUUCCCUCACUUGCGGUCAUAUUUGAUGCCAUUAUUGCAUUCAACUGUUUUGGUGGGUGUCUCAGCUACUGGGUGCUCAUUGGCGACUUGAUGCCGAACAUCACCGGGCUUGGGACCCGGAACCUCUGGAUCGGGCUCUCGCUGAUUGUCAUCGUCCCAUUAUGCCUACUCAAGCGCUUGGAUGCAUUAAAGUUCACUAGUCUACUUGCGCUUGGGGCUGUGACAUAUAUCGUGAUUAUUAUAAUCGCGCACUUCAUCGUGGGAGUGCCACCGUCACAGAGGGGCAGUAUCGACCUCUUCCCCCCGGACUUCAGUGGCACCGUGGGUACAUUCCCCAUCCUUCUCUUUGCAUUUUCCGGCCAUCAAAAUAUGUUUACUCUCAUCAAUGAGUUGCAAGACAAAUCUAUGAGAAACAUCACCAGGGUGAUCACGUAUAGCGUGGGGAUUUCAUGCGCGGUGUACAUCGCCGUUGGUUUAGCUGGUUACUUUACUUUCGGGGAUAAGGUACAAGGUAACAUUAUGGUGAUGUACGGCAAAUCCGUAUACAUUACCGUAGCCCAGAUUUCUCUUUCGUUAAUGUGUCACCUCUCCAUCCCGUUGAUGUUUCACCCGAGCCGUGAGUCCGUCCACAGCAUCUAUCGCUACUUUGAGGCAAAGUGCGAGUCUAAAAAGCUCUUUGAACCACUGUCAGAAACGGAACCCUUGAGAAAUACCCUUACCGUGACCCACGGAAGCGUGGAGGAAGAGGAUUUUUUACACGAAUUUGAUAGCAACCUUGCCAACGAGUUGGUUGUUAAGCACGUGAUGAAUCCUGUUCCUGCAAGAGUUUACUACACCCUGAGUGUGAUUUUAUUGGCAUUGGGCUACACCUUGGCUCUUUGCAUUUCCUCGUUUGCGUUAGUGUUGGAGAUUAUUGGAUCGACUGGCUGCACCAGUGUGGCCCUUAUCUUUCCAGGCUUGUUUGGGUACAAAUUGCUAGAAAGCAGUGUACCUGUUAUUGUGCACGAAAAUGAUGUCUCAUCGAAGAAUGAUACCAUAUUGAAGUACGCGAGUUUAGCGAUGGUUAUUUUUGGCUUUCUCGUAAUGUUUUCUUGUCUCUACGCACUUGUAGUUCGAGGGGAAUAUACCGAUAGCAUCUUCGAAUGGUUGGUUGCCACUCUCAAGCAGAUCUCCAGGACUUAAGUAUAUGUGUGCGAGUGCAUAUAAUACUGUACAUACAUCGGUGGCCAAGACCUAGUCGUACUCUAAUUAUAAUAUGAUAAUAUUAUAUAAUACCAAUAAUAUAUAUUGAC